GCGAGGCUUCGCGCGUGAGCGGCGCGGGUGCUGGGCCUGGCUACCGAGCUUUACUGGCGGGCGAGCAGGUUCUCGACGCCGGCGCCUGGCGGAGCGCGGGGAGGAGGGAGGUUUUGGUGUCAGCGGUGUAGUUGACGGCUGUCCCAGCCAUGGAAGAGACGCAGCCGCUUCCGCAGUCUGAGCUGCCACUGUGCGACAGCCUCAUCAUCUGGCUGCAGACAUUCAAUACUGCUGCACCUUGUCAGGAUGUGAAACAGCUGACUAACGGAGUUGCCAUGGCACAAGUUCUUCAUCAAAUUGAUGUAGCUUGGUUCAAUGAAUCUUGGUUAAGCCGAAUUAAAGAGGAUGUUGGUGACAACUGGCGAAUAAAGGCUAGUAAUUUAAAGAAGGUACUUCAAGGAAUUAUGGGUUAUUACAAUGAGUUUUUGGGACAACAGAUUUCUGAAGAACUUAUCCCUGAUUUAAACCAAAUAACUGAAUGUUCAGAUUCUGUGGAGCUUGGGAGGUUGCUCCAGCUAAUUUUAGGUUGUGCUGUCAACUGUGAAAAGAAGCAAGAACAUAUUCAAAAUAUAAUGACACUGGAAGAGUCUGUUCAACAUGUGGUCAUGACUGCUAUUCAGGAGUUGAUGAGUAAAGAAAUAGUGAGCUCUCCUACAAAUGAUGCUGUUGGAGAAUUAGAGCAACAGCUUAAAAGGGCCCUGGAAGAACUUCAGGAAGCACUAGCAGAAAAAGAAGAACUGAGGCAAAGAUGCCAAGAACUAGAUAUGCAGGUGACAGCACUUCAAGAUGAAAAGAAUUCACUAGUUUCUGAGAAUGAGAUGAUGAAUGAAAAACUUGACCAGUUGGAUGGCUCUUUUGAUGAUCCAAAUACAAUGGUUGCAAAAAAGUAUUUUCAUGCACAGUUGCAACUAGAACAAUUACAGGAAGAAAACUUCAGGCUCGAAGCUGCAAAAGAUGAUUACCGUGUUCACUGUGAAGAACUUGAAAAGCAAUUAAUUGAAUUUCAACAUAGGAAUGAUGAAUUGACUAGUCUUGCUGAGGAAACAAGAGCCCUGAAAGAUGAAAUAGAUGUUCUUAGGGCUACCUCUGAUAAAGCAAAUAAACUGGAAUCAACAGUUGAGAUAUAUCGUCAGAAGCUACAAGAUCUGAAUGACCUUCGCAAGCAGGUGAAAACUUUACAGGAAACAAACAUGAUGUAUAUGCAUAAUACAGUCAGCUUAGAAGAAGAAUUAAAGAAGGCAAAUGCAGCACGUACACAAUUAGAAACAUACAAGAGACAGGUUCAGGAUCUUCACGUUAAACUUUCCUCUGAAUCCAAAAGGGCAGACACACUAGCAUUUGAAAUGAAGCGGCUUGAAGAAAAACACGAAGCUUUACUUAAGGAAAAAGAGAGACUAAUAGAACAGCUUGAUACUCUGAAAGAAACAAAUGAAGAGCUUCGAUGUUCACAAGUACAACAGGAUCACCUAAACCAAACAGAUGCAUCUGCUACAAAAAGCUAUGAGAAUCUUGCUGCUGAGAUUAUGCCAGUGGAGUAUAGGGAGGUGUUUAUUCGUCUGCAGCAUGAAAAUAAGAUGCUUCGAUUACAGCAGGAAGGUACUGAGAACGAACGUAUUGAAGAACUUCAGGAGCAGCUGGAACAGAAGCAGCGCAAGAUGAACGAAUUGGAAACUGAGCAGAGGCUGAGCAAAGAACAAAUUCGAGAAUUGCAGCAGCAGAUUGAGGACCUCCAGAAGUCUUUGCAAGAACAAGGCUCCAAGUCUGAAGGAGAAAGUUCCAGCAAACUAAAGCAGAAGUUGGAAGCUCAUAUGGAAAAACUAACGGAGGUCCAUGAAGAAUUACAGAAGAAACAAGAGCUCAUUGAAGACCUCCAGCCAGAUGUAAACCAGAAUGUACAAAAGAUCAACGAACUUGAAGCUGCUCUUCAGAAGAAAGAUGAAGAUAUGAAAGCAAUGGAGGAAAGAUACAAAAUGUACUUAGAGAAAGCAAGAAAUGUAAUAAAAACUUUAGACCCCAAAUUAAAUCCAGCAUCAGCUGAAAUAAUGCUACUUAGAAAGCAGUUGGCAGAGAAAGAGAGAAGAAUUGAGAUUCUGGAGAGUGAAUGUAAAGUAGCAAAAUUCCGUGAUUAUGAAGAAAAACUCAUUGUUUCUGCCUGGUAUAAUAAGAGUCUAGCAUUCCAGAAAUUAGGGAUGGAAUCUAGACUUGUGAGCGGCAGUGGUGCUUACAAAGACACGGGGGCUUGUGCUCCUGCCCGGUCUUUCCUAGCACAGCAGCGGCACAUCACCAGCACCAGAAGAAAUCUCUCUGUUAAAGUUCCUGCUACGACAUCUGAUUAAACUGCAAAAGAACACAUAAACAGAAGUGCCCUUAAAAUAUUUUGUAUCUUUCAACUAACUACCAGGUUGGAAAAGAAGUGUAUGAUUCUGGAUAUCAGUGAUUUUAAAAUCAAAAUGCAUAAAGUUAGUCUUGCCAGCUGAUUUUGAAAACAGAAUGUGGUAUUAGCUAUCUGGGGAAGCACGUGUGAAUAACUGGAAGAUAUAAUAAGGCAAAAAUCUCAAACAUUUGUCUUUUGAGAGUAUUAUUUCAAAUUGACUUUGUAUAUUUUAGUUUAAUGUUUUCAGUUGUACCAGUAACUAAUUUGCAAUGUGUAAUCGGUAAUAUGUAAUCUAAAAAUACAUCUAUUUUAUUGUUUUGGUACAUAUAAAAAAAAAUAGUUGCAAGGUAGGCAUGUGGAGAACUAUACAAGAGUUAUAUUUUUUGACUUGACCUACACAAGGCGUUACCUCUGUCCUCUAAUCUGUCGCUGAAUGGGUAUAUUUUAUCAUGUAAUGGAAUAUAUAACAUUUGGAAGAUUGGACUGUUAAAAUGACUUCUCCAUAGUAGAAGUGACUACUUGGCAAUUUUGCAGAUUUAGAAGAGGUCACAGUUCUCAUAUGUACCUACUAUAAACUAAGGCUUCUGUACAGCAUGGUUGAAAUGUUAAGGAUAUAGAAAUGAACUGACUUUAAGAGAUGACUUUCUCAUGGGAAGCAAGCUAAAAAAUAUACUUCGUGUGAAAUGCCCACACUAUUUUAAUAUAAUUAAUGAAGAUUACAAUUAUUAUUAUUUUUAAGCAUAAAAUUAUCAGGGUUUCUGCUAAAAAAAAAAAAAAAAGAUGCAUUAGUAGUUUUGCCUCUUCACUGAAAAGAGAUAGUGAAGUAGAGGAACAAUUUGGAAUCAGUUUUAUCUUGCUUACUAAUUAAGGAAUUUGUCUUGGGUUGAGUUUAUGGUAUUCAGUUCAUUUCUGCCCAAAGCUCUUUUUUUCAAAGGCAUUACUCUAUUAUUUUUGGUCAUUUUUAAGAGUCACACUUUGGAAUUUUAAUUUAGUUGAGUUAAAUCUGUGCUGUCCAAUAAUGUAGCCAAAAGUCACAUUGGCAAUUUAAAUUAAUUAAAAUUAAAAAUUCAGUUCUUUGGUUGCACUAGCCACAUUUCAGAUGGUCAAUAGCCAUAUGUGGCUAGUGGCUACAGUAUUGGACAGUGCAGAUAUAAAAUACUUUCAUCAUUGCAGAAUCUUCUUGGACAGUGUAGUACUAAAUCCUUUUAUAAUAACUUGGAAACACUCAUUGAUGUUAGACCACAAAAAUGAAAAAAAGAAAAAUGUUAGGACGAUUUCAGAUAUGAAAAGUAAUUGAAUUAUGAUGUAACUAGUAUCUUACAUUCCUUAUGGUUGAAUACCUUAUGUUGUGACAUAACCUUUCCAGUGCUAUUCAGAACUACAUACCUAUCAGCAUAUGUCUAGACCACGGGUCAGUGAACUUUCUGUAAAGGGACAGAUGGUCAAUGUUUUAGUAAGUAUUUUAGGUUUUUGCGGGCCAUAUGAUCUAUCGCAAGUACUCGACUCAGCUGUAUGUAUAAAAUCAGCAGCCAUACACAAUAUGUAAAUUAAAUGGGUGUAGUUAUAUUUCAGUAAAACUUUGUUUGCAGAAACUGGCAGUAGGCCAGAUUUGGCCCGCAGGCUGUAGACAUCUGUUCUAGAUUUUAUUCUUAGUUUUUUUCUUUUUUUUUGCAAAUAUGAGUAUUGUUCCAGUUACAGUAUUAUUCAUUUAGAUACUUGGUUUUUAGAUUCUAUACCAAUAAAUGUUUUCUAAUCAAUCACUGAAAAUAUAAGAAUUUCAUACUAUAUUUGGGUCUCUGAGAUUAGGGAGCAUCUGUCAGGAUAUUUUAUCAGGGUUACUUCUUUUGACUACCUCUUAGAUUUUGGUGUUCUUUACUGGUACAAUUAUAUUGUUGGAUUUCAUUUUCCUGUAUUAUUGUAGUCUCUGCUUGCCUGUGACUUUUAGUGAAAUGAAAUAAGCCUUUGAAAAUAUUUUAGCAUGCUAAUUAAAAUUUUCUAAAUAUUAUAGCAUUUUGGUACAUUUUGGUCAAUGUAAGACAUCUGCUCCUUUGGUGUUUACUACUUGCUUAUAAUUGAGAUUUCACAAGCUCUUCAAGCUCCCUUUUAAUGAAAUUUAUUGUAAAACAUCAGUUUCAAUAAAUUAGUAUUUUCACAGUUCAAUUGCUUAUAAAUUUUCAAUCAUUAUAUUUGGAAUUUCUGAAAAAUUCAUGCAAUUUCUGAAUAAGGAUGUAAGGCUAGAUUCUUUUUCCUAUAUAGAGAAAAAGCAAAUUUUGUGAUUUAUCACUUUUCUAGUUGGUAGAAUUUUAAAUGCUCAAUAUGUAUUUAUACUAAUAAAUUACUAAUGUAAUUUAAAGUUCUGUAUUAUUGUGAUUAAUCAUAUGGAAAUUCAGGAACUGAUCAGAAGUGAGUCUUUUCCACAUCUGGUUAAUGUAGUGAGAUUGACACCCUGUGGGUGGUAAAGCAUUAUAAAUAUUCAUCUUGAACCAUGAUUUAUACAUGUCUGUGUUGUGAGGCUUGAGUGCAUAUACCAGGGAAGAGAAAUUCAGCAUUUAUCUCUCUGAUAAGGAAUUGAAUGUCCCAGUGAUUAUAAAGUAAAACCACAGACCAAUUUGGGAAUGAUCUUUAAUUUUGAGUAUUUGCUCUAAGAUUAAUAAAUAUUCCUUUACCUUUUUAAAAUAAAAGUGUGUAUACAUAUGACAAUGAUGUUUAUCCUCAGCUCAACUUAAUGUAUUGUGAAAUAUUUGAAGUUCACUCUAUUUUUUUUUAAUGAAUAAGGCUGUUGAACUAAUGAUUUAAUAUAGAUGAUUAAGAAUUAAUGUCUUGUCUAGAAACAUUAAACUGAGUAGCCCUUACUCAGAUGUCAUCGUCUUUGAUAACUGGAGUGCUCAUUUGAAUGUCAAAUAAUGCUUCUGCAUCUACACCUGUUUCUGUAUAGUGGCACAUGUGGCCCAGUGGGUUGGCUUUUAGGCCACAGUACUAUCUGUGUUAGGUUCUCUAUGUGUAUAUUUAAUGAGAAACAUUCCUAUGUAAAAAUGUGUGUAUAUGGUUGUAUGCAUACAUUCUUGUUGUGAACCUGUACCUUGCAAAGAAGUAGUUUGGAAAUUUGUAAGGCACAAACAUAAAAGGAAAUCGUGUGCAGUUAUUAAACUUGAUGGAGCUUAAAUGUAAUUUUUAGUUUAUAAAAGGUUCUUUCUAUUUUCUAUGGCAAAGACUUUGACACUUGAAAAAUAGAAGCAAUACUUGACUUAUUUUUGUAUUUAGUAUAUUAUUUUAAAUAAAUGAUUGUCUAAUAACAAUACUUGUCAAAUGUUUUAAAGUAAAUAAACUUUGAUUCUGUGUCUGAUAUGAUG